CUAAUUCGAUUUCUUUACACGAUGAACAGCAUUACCAUCCUAUUUUUUGCCAAGGAAGAGCCCAACUGUAGGUUUGUUCCAAUAUAUCCCGACGCCUUUAAGCCAGUAAAAAUUCCAUUUCAAAAGGGUCCUGCUCAGAAAUUCUUUCAGCCUAUGGGAACUGGCUUUGACUUGGGAUUUUUCGAGUUGGAUGACCUCUCAAAACCUUCGCCUUCUGAAGACGUUUUCCCGCUCGUUAUAUCAGCUGAGACUUGCUCACCCUCUCAGUCCAAUGAUGAACGAAUUGGUGAGCCUCAACCAGAUAAUUCACAUAUGCAAAUCACUCAAGCUGUUCUGGAGAAGAAAAAUGGCAAUCCUUUCCAAGUUAAGGUGAUCCGGCAACUACUAUGGAUUGAUGGAAUGCGUUAUGAGUUGCGUGAGAUAUUCGGUAUAGGGAGUUCGUCUUCAGAAGGUUUUGACAACAACGACUCCGGGAAGGAGUGUGUGAUUUGCAUGACCGAACCCAAGGAUACUGCUGUAUUACCAUGUCGACAUAUGUGCAUGUGCAGUGAGUGUGCCAAGGAACUGAAGCUUCAAUCUAAUAAAUGUCCGAUUUGUCGUCAACCGAUCGAAGAACUUAUAGAAAUCAAGAUAAAUAAUAGCAAUCAGUGAGAAUUACCUCUUCAUCCUAUGUUCGAUUUCAUGGUAUGGCUGUUAAAUUCUUUGUUUUUUUGUGUCAUAGUCACACAUACUGCAUUCUUUUACACACACACACACAUGUAUAUUUCUUUUUCUUCAUAUACAUCAUAUUAGUGUAGUAUUCCCGACUUCAUACCUCGAUAUCAUGUCUAACUAUUGAAUGACGCCAUACCCGUCAUCUCUUAGCUGACUUUCUACUGUAAUGUAUGUAUAUGAACGUUCAACAUUCAUGGGUUUUCGUGUGCGGUGUGUCGAUGUUUGAUUACACGAAUUGGAUUCGGGUUUGUAGUUUAUGUAUAGGGAGUGAUUGAGUUAAGGUUCUCCCCAUAUGAUAACCUCUUUGUUUUGUCUUUUUUUUCCUUUUGAAUGAUACAUGACUGUUGUAUGCAA